AUGCAAUCCUCACAACCCUCUCAAGCAUGCACAGACUUGAUCUCCUCUCUCCCUUCGGAUAAAGGUUGGGACAACCCCUCUCUAAUCUUGUACCAGGGCUUCUGGUUCCCCUCUUGGCUAUUCAACGGCGUCCUAGCUUGUCAAAACCACUUCCAAGCUCACAACUCUGAUAUCAUCCUCGUCACCAGCCCGAAAUCUGGUACCACCUGGCUAAAGGCCAUCCUCUUUGCUCUUUUGAACCGUGCCAAGUACUCUGACCCCAACUCAGAACGAUGCCACCCCCUCCAAACCCGAAACCCCCACGACCUCGUGCCCUACUUGGAGUUCCAGCUCUAUCUCCAACAAGAAGAUCCUGAUCACGCUACUUUCGCAUCCCCGAGGCUCCUUGCCACCCACUUACCUUAUUCCUCGCUUCCACAGUCAGUGAGGGACUCCAAGUGUAAGCUGGUUUACUUGUGUAGGAACCCUAAGGACAACUUCAUCUCGCUAUGGCACUUCACCAAGAAAAUGAUGCUCAAAGAGAACGGCGAUCAGACUCCUCUCCCUGAGUGCCUCGACAAGUUUUGUCAAGGGUUGAGCAUGUACGGACCUUACUAGGACCAUGUGCUGGGCUACCACAAGAUGAGCUCGAAGAUGCCCGAGAAGGUGUUGUUCAUGAAGUUUGAGGAGAUGAAAGAGGACCCAUGUGUUCAUGUGAGGAGAUUGGCCGAUUUUGUGGGGUGUCCAUUCAGUGAAGAAGAGCUGAGAGGCGGGACUGUGGAGGGAAUACUGAGGAUGUGUAGCUUUGACAAUUUGAGCACGUUGGAGGUGAACAAGAGCGGGAGCCUUUGGACUGGAGCAGAGAACAAGUUGUUCUUCAGGAGAGGCGAGGUCGGAGAUGGGGGAGAGAAUAGACAGUGUCAUGGAAGAGAAGUUGCACGGCUCUGGGUUGAAGUUUUAGCAAGCUGAACACACUCAUUUAAUAAUUCCCGUCUAUUGUGUUUUAGCUUUGAAGAUGUUCCGUCUAAUGGAGGAGAA